AUGCCUAAAGCCUCCUCCACUAAAACUGCUAUCAAAUUUACCAGAUCAACGACAUCUAAGUUUAAAUUUGGAGCACAUGUUAGCGCAAGCGGGGGCAUUUCAAAAAGUGUUACCAAUGCUUUCAAUAUAGGCUGUAAUUCGUUUGCUAUGUUUUUGAAAUCGCCUAGGAAAUGGUCGGCUCCACCAUUCACAACUGAAGAAAUUAAUAAAUUUAGACAAAAUUGUAUUGAAUUGAAGUAUGACCCUUUAACCGAUAUUUUACCUCACGGUCAAUAUAUGAUCAACUUAGCCAACCCAGAUAAGGAAAAAGCUGAAAAAAGUUUUGAAAGUUUUCUUGAUGAAUUAAGAAGAUGUGAAGAAUUGGGUAUAGGUCAUUAUAAUUUUCAUCCUGGGUCCUCAUUAUCCAGUGGUGAUCACGAAAAACAAUUAAAACAACUGGCAAACUAUAUUAACAUAGCUCAUGAGAAAACUUCGUUUGUCAAAACCGUUAUUGAAAAUAUGGCUGGAACCGGGAAUCUAGUUGGCAGUGACCUAAAUGACAUCCGUAAAGUUAUUGAACUGGUUAAAAAUAAAGAUAGAGUAGGGGUUUGCAUUGAUACAUGCCACACUUUUGCAGCUGGCUACGAUAUUGGCACUGAACAAUCUUUCUAUAAUUUUAUGAAUGAAUUCAACCAAAUAAUUGGUCAGGAAUACCUAAUGGGGAUUCACUUAAACGAUUCUAAGGCUCCUCUUGGUGGAAAUAGAGAUUUGCAUGAAAAAAUAGGUCAAGGCUAUAUUGGAUUAGAAGUUUUCAAGGCAGUUGCUCAUUGUGAUUUAUUAUGUGGAAUACCAAUAAUUUUGGAAACUCCACAAGAGAAAGACGAAGGUUAUGGUGAAGAAAUUAAAUUGCUAGAAUGGUUAGAAGAAAUUGGGGAUAAACCGGAGGAAGGAAUGGAGGAGGAAAAUGAAAAGGAUAAUAAACUAUUGCAAGAUAAAAUUGUUUAUUUACAAAAAUUGGGUGAAAACUCCAGAAAAAAACAAAUGGAAUUAUUUGAAAAGAAGAAGAAUGGUAAAGAUAACAAGGCCAAAAAGAAGCGCAGUAAUAAUGAUGAUGACAUUAUAACUAAAUUAGCAAAAAAGGUGAAGAGAUAG